AUGACAACGCGCACCACCCAGCUGAAUGCAGACAAGGAAGACCUUCAAGCUCAAAUCAUGCAACGGGACAAGGAAACCGCCAUACUACAGAAUUUUAUCCAUGAACAAGCCAUUGGUAUCCGCGACCUCAAUCUCAAGAUCGAUCGGCAAGAGGAACAAAUCAAAGAUCUCAUGUAUGAGCAAAAUGUCUCCAACAGCACCAUCUAUGACAAAACGCAUGAGAUUGGUGAGUUGAAGUCUCAGGUCUCGAGACAGGAAAGGGAGCUCGAGGACCAGGGCAGAGAGAACGAAGACUUGGAGACUCAAAUAGCCAUUUUCCAAAGGGCCAUCGAUGAGGAUAAUAUCUCGACAAGUUCUGACUCUUCUGGCAUGGAUUAUGACUUGAUGGAUCUCUCGAGCGAUGAAGAGGAAGAAGAAGAGCAGGACAUCGGUACAGACAACGACAUCUCUUCCACUACAGACAAUAAUGUUUUGUAA